CAAAAACGUUUCCGAACGAUCGAGAGGUCUCCUCCCUCUAUAGGGCGGCGCUACAACGCAACCCCAACGUGAAUUUUUCGGAACUUCUCCUUGAUUCUGGCCGAUCCCUUCGUCCUCUCAGUCGUCAACAAGCGGUGGAACCCGGCGAUCGCCCGCCGUGAGAGCAGAAAGAGAUGAGGAAGCGGGAUCUCGGCAUCCUCCUCCUCGCCGCCUUCGCCAUCUUCUUCUCCCUCCAGCAUGAAGGCGAUUUCUCCUUCAAAGAGGCGUGGUACCAUCUCUCCGACGAGUAUCCUAUUAAAUUUGAAGCCGAACGUCUCCCUCCGCCCGUCGUGGUCGAUCUGAACGGCGACGGAAAGAGCGAAAUCCUCGUCGCCACCCAUGACGCUAAGAUUCAGGUCUUGGAGCCUCAUAGGAGACGUGUUGACGAAGGAUUUGCUGAAGCGCGAGUAUUGGCUGAGGUUUCAUUGCUGCCUGAUAAGAUCCGCAUAUCAUCUGGAAGGCGUCCUGUUGCUCUUGCUGCAGGUGUGGUUGAUCGGUCAUAUAAACAUGGAGAAAUGAGGAAGCAGGUUGUGGUUGUUGUCACAUCAGGUUGGUUGGUAAUGUGUUUUGAUCACAACCUUAAAAAGCUAUGGGAAACCAAUUUACAGGAUGAUUUUCCUCAUGGUGCUCACCACAGGGAGAUAGCAAUAUCAAUAAGCAAUUACACAUUGAAGCAUGGUGAUGCAGGAUUGAUUAUAGUGGGAGGGAGGAUGGAAAUGCAUCAUCAAAGCUCUAUGGAUCUAUUUGAGGAAACUAUGAUAGCAGAUGAAGGUGGUGAGCUGCAUCGGAGAAACACUAAUGAAAAAGAGAACUCUGGAAGUGGCAAUGUGGAUCUACGCCAUUUUGCCUUUUAUGCUUUUGCUGGUCGGACUGGCACACUAAGAUGGAGCAGAAAGAAUGACAAUAUCCAGGUACAAUCCUCUGAUUCGUCACAGCUGAUUCCACAACAUAACUACAAGCUUGAUGUUCAUGCUCUGAAUGCUCGUCACCCUGGAGAGUUUGAAUGUAGAGAAUUCAGAGAAUCAAUUCUUGGAGUGAUGCCUCAUCAUUGGGAUAGGAGGGAAGAUACAUCUUUGCAACUAUCAAACUUCCGGAGGCAUAAAAGAAAGUCGCUUAAGAAAACACCUGGGAAAGGUACUACUAGUCCUUUCCAUAAGCCUAUCGAUCACAAUCCACCCGGGAAAGAUUCAUCAAAUAAAAUUGCGAGGGUGAUUGGAAAAGCUGCAGAUUAUGCUGGUUCAGCGAAAACCAAGAAGAGGUCGCUCUAUAUUCCUACCAUAACAAAUCACACUCAAGUUUGGUGGGUCCCAAAUGUAGUUGUUGCGCAUCAGAAGGAAGGAAUAGAAGCUGUGCAUUUGGCUUCAGGGCGGACAAUUUGCCAGCUACAUUUGCCUGAAGGAGGUCUUCAUGCUGAUAUUAAUGGGGACGGUGUCCUAGAUCAUGUUCAGGUUGUUGGGGCUAACGGUGCCGAACAAACUGUUGUUAGUGGUUCUAUGGAGGUGUUAAAACCUUGUUGGGCUGUUGCUACCUCUGGGGUACCUGUACGAGAGCAGCUUUUCAACGUUUCUAUCUGUCAUCAUUCUCCUUUCAAUUUAUUUCAACAUGGAGACUUUGCAAGAAGUUUUGGAAGGAACUAUGAUGUAGGUAGUUUAGAGGUGGCAACUCCUAUCCUGGUAAGCAGAGAUGACGGCCAUAAGCAUCGGAAGGGAAGCCAUGGGGAUGUUGUAUUUUUGACAAACCGCGGGGAGGUCACCUCAUACUCCCCGGGAUUGCAUGGCCAUGAUGCUGUUUGGAGAUGGCAAAUCUCAACUGGUGCUACUUGGUCAAAUGUCCCAUCCCCGUUUCGCAUGAUGGAAGACGUCAUUGUGCCCACACUGAAAUCUUUCCCUUUGCAUGCUCACAGUAACAAGGAGGUGAUAGUUGCAGCUGGUGAGCAUGAGGCGGUGGUGAUAUCUCAUGGAGGCAGCAUGUUAGCAUCCAUCGAGCUACCUGGACUGCCGACACACGCCUUGGUGUUAGAAGACUUCUCCAAUGACGGCCUCACUGACAUUAUUCUGGUAACUUCUGGUGGGGUUUAUGGAUAUGUACAGACCAGGCAGCCUGGAGCGCUCUUUUUCAGCACCCUUGUAGGUUGCUUGAUCGUUGUUAUUGUAGUCAUUUUCGUCUCCCAACACCUGAAUUCCAUAAGCAAGGGGAAACCAAGAGCUUCAAGUGAUCACAGGUGAACUCUAGUGGCUUCCGAGUGAAGGUUUCCCCUCUUCUCCUUAGUUGGGAUCAAAUAGGCUAUAUAGACAUCGCAAAUGAGUAACAUAACAGCACGUCAGAGAUAUAUAUAUUAUCACCUUCAGUCGAAAAUGUUGUUGUACUAACAUUACCAUGCACUCCUUAUACAGCUAAGUUUUGCUUAUUGCACCCUAA